AUAGCAAAAGGGGAUCAAAAUAAAGAUGGUUCAUGCUCGCAGACAUUUAUGGGAGAAAUUCCAGAUAUUGAUACCAUGAUCUCAACUUUAAUCCGUUUCCCUGAAAAUAAUGAAGUUAUCCGUGAAAACGAGCCAUUCACAAUUAAAGCCGCAAUAAUCAAUUUAGAUACUGGAUUUUUCAGUGACCCCGCAACAACUUAUUAUAAAUUUCCACAAACCCUUGAUAAUAGUGGAAGAGUUCAAGGACAUUCUCACGUAACAGUUCAAAAACUCAACGGAAGAGGUGUUCCCGAUCCAAAAGUUUUUGCUUUCUUCAAAGGUUUGAAUGAAAAAGCAAAGAAUGGUAUUUUAUCAGCAGACGUAGAAAAAGGUUUACCAGCUGGAGAUUACCGUCUUUGCACCAUAACUUCUGCAUUCAGUCAUCAACCUGUUCUUAUGCCUGUUGCUCAAAGAGGCGCACAAGACGAUUGUGUAAGAUUUAAAGUU